AUAAAUGAAGAACUUGGCCUCCUCCUCCAUGUGAAGACAUGGGCUUGGACCCCACACCCAUAUUCCUUCACAUGACACACUUUCCUCACCCCAUCCCUUAUAAAUACCAUACUCCUCCCUCCAUGACUAACUAAAAAGAAAAGGAGAAGGAAAAAGAAGAGAGAAGCAUUCAAUUUCAAUGGGUUCUCAUCAGUUUUUUCCAACCUUUCUGUUCUCUCUCUGUAUUCUUCAAUCCAUUUCAGGUGGGAAUUCAGCGACGUUCACAAUUACAAACAAGUGCAGCAACACAAUUUGGCCGGGCAUUCUAUCAAAUGCCGGGACGGACCAGCUUCCAACCACCGGCUUCGCUCUCAACUCCGGGGAGUCCAACACCUUCUCCGUUCCUACCUCCUGGUCGGGUCGGUUAUGGGGGCGGACUCUAUGCUCCCAAGACCCGACCACGGACAAGUUCACUUGCCUAACCGGUGACUGUGGAUCAUCUGCGGUCGAAUGCGCCGGUGGUGGGGCCGCCCCGCCAGCGACUCUAGCCGAAUUCACUCUGAACGGGGCUGGCGGGCUAGACUUCUAUGACGUCAGCUUCGUCGACGGUUAUAACCUCCCCAUGACGGUGGUGCCUGAGGGUGGGACCGGAGGGAACUGCACGACCACCGGGUGCGGGGUGGACUUGAACGCCGGGUGUCCGUCGGAGCUCAAGGUGACGGCGAGUGACGAGGGCGUGGCGUGUAAAAGCGCCUGUGAGGCGUUUGGGGACCCACAGUACUGUUGUAGUGGGGCCUACGCGACUCCAGACACAUGUAAACCCAGUUCUUAUUCGCAGUUUUUUAAGAAUGCGUGCCCGAAAGCUUACAGCUAUGCUUAUGAUGACGGCACCAGCACCUUCACUUGCGCCUCCGCCAAUUAUCUCAUCACUUUCUGCCCUUCCCCUUCCACCAGUUUGAAGUCGUCAAAUGGGCAAUACCCAGUGGCGGCCGGUGUCUCAGCAAGUUCACGUAAUACGACACCGAGCUUCGUCGUUUUUGGCGUCAUUGUUUUGGCGGCAGCUUGGCGGUUGCGCCAACUAUUUUGAUCCAUUCCGCAGUUUCCACACCCCGAAAAAGAAAAAUAUCGUCUGAGAGAGAGAUGUUGUUGACCUUUUUAGUAGAGUUCACUGUUGAGACUGCGUGGUGGGCCCAGAUUUUUGGUCCGACGUUGGAGCCGUGGAGCCCACAAUCCCCUCGGAGAUUGCAACUUGUAUCGGGGUUUACCAUACGGCGUCGUAGCAAAGCUAUGGCCCAUUCAAAUUGGAAGAACAACUUUGUGCGCAACUUUAGUGAUACAUACAAACACAUACACUCCAUGAUCCACGUCCUUAGAAUUUAAAGGACAAAUUAAGAGCGUUAGUUUAGCUGACAUGCCCUAAUCUCUUUCUUGAUUGUGAUGUAAAUAUUAUAUAAUGUAUGGUAGAGACUAGAGAGAGAGAGAGUAGCUAGAAUAAUUUAGCUGGAACUGUAGUUGUUUUGCAACUAAAUCCAACAAGAUGGGUUUAGUUUUUAGUAUAUGGUAUUUGAGCUGAGUUGGUAUUUUA